ACUCGCGUCGACAAGACUUGAGUAGUUACAGGUUGCCUUUAAAGUCUUAUCUAAGUAGCCUAUGCGAUAUAUCGUAUUUAUCCGCGUUGUAUUAGUUAGUUGUGACGCAAGCCGUGUAUGAGCGUUGCUGUGAAUUUGUAAAGAUAAGGUCAUUAGGACCUUGAGGAGGAGGAGUUCAGAUAUUGAAGGCACUAGAGGACUGAGUAUGUAAAAGAGUAAGCGCUGCGCUGGUUGUGGAGCAUCGCCUCCCCGUUCGCGGGCGACAGCAUGCACCUUUAGGUGAUAAAGACGUCUCUGAAAUGUUGUUAGACCUUACCAUUGUGACCUGAAGCCGAUCUUAAAUCGGGCAAUUGAAUUCAAUAUAAGAGGAGGCGAAAGAAAAUGAAGACACGAGUGCGGCAGGGGAUUAUUGGAGUACUCGUCAUAACCACAGUGACCGGUUUUAUGGUGAUGUACAACAACACUUCAAGGGCACCCUCCCCAUCCUCGUCAAGCCAACCUGAGGCCGGUGUUAUUCUGGAGGAGCCGCCCAAGAGAAGUACCACAGAUCCAAUAACAGUGCUGAGAGGCUACAAGAGUUUCGUCGAUCAGAAGCCACUGAAGAUGCACUGCAGCAGUUGCUCGCUGGUCAGCAGCUCGGGCCAGCUGACCGGCGGCAGGCGGGGCGAGGAGAUCGACCGCGCCCAGUGCGUCAUCCGCAUGAACGACGCCCCCAGCGCCCACUUCCAGCGGGACGUGGGCCGUCGCACCGACCUGCGCGUGGUGGCACACUCCAGCCUCCCCAGGGUGCUAAGCAGACGGCAGGAGCUGCUCAACGCCAGCCAGGACACCGUGUUCAUCUUCUGGGGGCCCAGCAGCAGCAUGCGGAGGGACGGGAAGGGCACCAUGUUCAACAGCCUGAAGCUCGUGAAGCGGCUGCUGCCCAGACACAAGCUGUACGUGGUGUCCCAGCGCAAGAUGCUGAGCCUGGACGAGCUCUUCAAAAACGAGACGGGCAUGGACAGUUUCGCAGAUGACACCAAGAUCCAGAGGAAAAUCGACGUCUCCGAGGACGCAGAGAUUGUCCAAGAAGACCUUGACAGCAUAAUUGAAUGGUCCAAGAAGAACAACAUGGUGCUACACCAGGACAAGUUCAUGUUGCUUCGGUACAGGACAAACAAAUCUACCAUGCUUGACGAGCUUCCCUUUGCAUCACAUCUCUCGGAGUACGCCACACCAAGUCGGCACAUCCUUAAACCCCAAAAGUCUGCAAGAGAUCUCGGUGUAGAACUGUCAUCCGACUAUAAAUGGACCACUCACAUCAACAAGAUGUUGGCUGGUGCUAUAAAGACUGCUUCAUGGGUUCUUGGAGUCUUCAAAGACCGCUCCAAACCUGUCAUGCUUCAACUUUACAAGUCACUAAUCCGAAGCAGGGUAGAAUACUGCUGCCCCCUUUGGAAUCCUGUAAAGGUGUCAGACAUCCAGACAAUCGAGGAUGUCCAGCGCAACUUCACACGGCGCAUCGCUGGAACAGGGGACCUUGACUACUGGACUGAACCUUCUAUCCCUGCAGAGCAGAAGAGAGAGAUAUAUGAUCAUUCAUGUCUGGAAGAUCCUCAACGAAUCCACACCCAAUGACAUCGGGAUGCAGUUCACCGACAAUAUGCGGCUUGGAAAGAAGGUCAAAAUUCCCGCCUUCAACAAGCAUGCUCCUCUGUCCGCUGUGAGCCACUACGACUCCCCAGCAACACAGCUAUACAUGUUCAAAAUUCUGCUGGGAAAAUUCCUCCAUGAAAUCCCGGAAAAACCUCCUGUCAAGGGAUACCAUACAACGCAGAAUAGGAACAGCAUUAUAGACUGGUGAAACCAGUCCGGUGGCCUGCAGUACGUUCGGCGGCCGUGUUGAUCUCAACAGAAGCAAAAAAAAAGAAAGAAAAAAGAAGAAGAAUACUCCCGCUUAUCAUCACUCAGUAUCAAAAUCACUAUGGAUGUUGCACUCAUUAACUAUUGAACACAAAACAGAAAACACAGCUGACAUUAUCAUUGUCACUGACAGCGAUAUAUUGUUUCACAAAUGUACUUAUUGUAAGUCGCUUUGGAUAAAAGCGUCUGCUAAAUGGUCAUUUGUCAGCUGUCUAUCCUCAAUUAAACUGCAUUGAAGUGACACGAUUGUCCCGUGCAUUAUUCAUUUGCAUUAUUAUUGCAUUAUUAUGCUUGCAUUAUUCCUUUGCACAACAUAUUAUUCCUUUGCACAACGUAUGUAUUUUCGAUAUUUGAAAACGAUAUCGUCCCAUUCAGAGCAAGGAAGAUUAGUAUGCUCGGAUCUCGGUUAGCAGGCAUGUAUCGCCCCUAUUUUACAAUAAUCUCAAACAUUUCAUUAACUCACAUACCAGACCAACCAACCAAGCGUGACACCUCCGCCCAAGUCAGAGCCUUUUUGUUGCGAUCUCUGAAAUGAAAAAGGUUCGGAUCGUACAACACCGGGUGCCCAGUAAAAGCAGCGAUUCAUUUUUCAGUAGGAACCAAAAAAGUAUGUAGGGACCAAAGUGCUGGUGUUCGGUGUUCCCUGGGAUCCACGCAAGCGAAUAGCGUCUACAUUCCAAUUGGCUGUCAGUAACCUGUCAUAGUAAUUUGCAUAAAGUUCAGCCGUCUUCAAGUUUUUUUGGUCGCUCUGAUCGCUCACCUUUUGCCGCUGGUAGCGUUUGACGCUUGUGUCGCUUUGGCCGCUUUUGCCCAUAGAAAGUGAAUGACUUCCGGUUUGGCAGCUGAAUUCGCUUCUGAUGUGAACGCGCAGUUAGGAUUCAAAAUACGCAGAAGUUUGAUGCUAUUUAUGAUGAGAUCCAGUACAAUUUGCA